GAGAGUGACAAAUGAGGGCACCCUUUUGCUGAUAUCAGUUUAACUAAAAGACAGAAACCAUAGUUUCAAAUUUGCCUUUUUUAUCCAACCUUCUCUCCCUCUGUAUUUUCUUGCAAAUUUCAGUUCACAAUCUCAACUCCAUUUUUUCUUAUUUUUAUUUGUCAAUCUUGUUUUGACAUAUUUUCUCUGGCACAGUCUUGAUAUUCUCAAAAAGUAGUUCCAAUAUUUACCAACCCAGAAAAUCCCUAUGUAGAUUGUUAGUCUUUUCUGUCAGCUCAAUUCAGAUUCUCAGAAAGAGGCCAAAGACAGAAUCUUGAUUUCCAGCCCUGAAUUUCAGCAGUUCUCAUCAAUGGGUAGAAUUAGCCCAAUAAUUCUCCUAGUGAUAGUGAUUCUUGCAAUUGGCUUCUUCCUUCUUGGAUUACUACAGCUUGUGAUUAGGUGUGUGAUGAAAAGUCCAUCAUUUUCCUCAAUCUCACAAUCCAGCAGGUUCCCUGAUGCUGCUUCUGCUGCUUCCCACACAUUCCAGAGGCAGCUGCAUCAGCUUUUCCGGCUGCAUGACUCGGGCCUCGACCAGUCGUUGAUCGAUGCUCUGCCUCUUUUUUACUACAAGGACAUCAUAGGAUUGAAGGAGCCAUUUGAUUGUGCUGUUUGUCUCUCUGAGUUCUCAUUUCUCGACAAGCUCAAGGUCCUGCCUAAUUGCAGCCAUGCCUUCCACAUCCACUGCAUUGAAACAUGGCUGCUGUCGAAUUCGACCUGCCCUCUAUGUCGAAGCCUAAUCGGAUUCGGGAAUUCUGCUGAUAGCCCCUUGUUCAGCACUUGUGAUUUGGAUCACCAAUGGAGCAGCUUGUCUUGCCCUGAUGGGCCUAGUGGCUCGUCUCCGGCCAAUUCUAGGCCCGAGACGAGCAAUGCUGGCGCGGCCAGGACGCUCUCCGUUCGUCUUGGGAAGUUUAGGAGCACUAAUGAAGGAGUAGGUAGUGAAAUCCAGAUGCAAAAUGAAGUCAGUAGCAGCAACAUUGAUGCUAGGAGAUGUUAUUCUAUGGGUGCUUUUCAAUAUGUUGUUGGUGACACCAACCUUCAAGUGGCGCUGCCUCGUUGCAGUGGCGUUGCAACGAGGACUAAAGCGCGACUUGGCAGCGAGGAAGCCGAUGAGAAGAAGAUUGGUGUUAGGAGUAGAGGUGAUAGCUUCUCUGUAUCCAAGAUUUGGCUAUGGUCCAAGAAAGGCAAGCUCAAUCCUACAUCACAAGCAAAUGAAAAUAUAGUAGUAAGUGAUUUAGUAUGAAAAAUAGGUUGCUCUGAUAUGAUGUUUGGAUUAGGAGAAACUAUAGUAUUUUGUUUUCAAUAGAGAAAAGCAUUAGUCUUUUUACCUUAGCAGAAAAGAUGACUAAUUUUUUACUAUAACUAGUUUUGUCAGUACAAAUUACAAAUCAUGUUGCAAGUUUUCACAUAUAUGAAGGUGAAAAAGUAUGUGACAACAUGCUUCAUUUUCACA